AUGACAAACUCAUAUCCUUCGGGUUCACCGGGGAUUCCAGACUCUGGUAUGCCUACUGGAGCUCCCAGUUUUGUGCCACGAAGGUCUUCAUAUGCCUCAGUUGUAUCUGGCAUAGCUGCUGGUCAUUCUCAACAAUUUCAACCGUCAAGAUCCGGCGCUUUCUCAAAUAUCCUAAACUCGAAUACCCACAUGUUAAAUCAACAACACGAUUCCAUCUACUACGAUCCAAGCUAUAACUAUUCCACUGGACGAUACGGAUAUGCCGGUUUCAUCGGAUUUGACGAGGAGAAUAGCAAUGGCGGGGUCAAUCAUCAACGAUCAGGUUCGUGGGGUAGAGGAGGACAACUACCAAGCUUCUCAAGUGCUUUUGGUUCACUUGCAAAUGGGCAUGGUUACGGUGGACUCGGUGGGCACGCAGAACAUUUCUUUGUGCCCUCGUAUCUGAAGAGAUCGAAAUAUGUGCAAAAGCUAGAGGAGGCGCACAAGGCAAAAGUCCUGGCGCAUAGAGAUGGGUCGGCUCCAUCAUCACAACCAAAUUCUCUUUCGACUAGUGCUAGCAGUAUCAAUCUACACGCAAAGAUGGUCCCUUCGCAUCGAGGUAGACCUUAUGAUCUUAUCGAAAAAUCCCCCCUUAUCGAAGACGAAACCUUACCACCAUUACCAAGCAAAUGGAGUAUAAAUGACAAAUUUGGAGCAUUGGAAAUCAUGAAUGAUGGGUUAGAGGUCAAGCUGACAGGUCCCAAAUCUAUAAGUGAUCAUCGAGAUAUUGAAGCAUGCGCCGUUAGAUCCGAUCAUCCUAUGCCCCCCCAAUGUGGAAUUUAUUACUUCGAGGUGACGAUUUUGUCACGAAAGCGAGAGGAUAGCUCUAUCGGUAUUGGUUUUUCCACUAAACAAGUACUUCUAUCAAGAUUGCCGGGAUGGGAACCUGAUUCUUGGGCAUAUCAUGGUGAUGAUGGUAAUGGAUAUGGUGGUGCAAAUUCUGGGAAACAUUACGGACCAUCCUUUACUACGGAUGAUACAAUAGGAUGUGGAAUAAACUUCACAAACGGUUCGGCAUUCUUUACAAAGAAUGGAGAUCGUUUAGGUACCGCCUUCCGAGAUAUUAAAGGAAAGGGGAAGCUCUUUCCCUCCGUUGGCAUGAAGAAACCGGGCGAGCAUAUUAGAGUAAAUUUCGGGCAAAGUCCAUUCGUCUUUGACAUCGAUAGCAUGAUUCUGGUCAGUUGA